GUCGCUAGAACGAGGCACCUACUGCCGUAGGGGCUAGACCAGAGUUCGAAGUUGUGUGGAAAAGAGGCCCAGGGUCAGCUCUUGGGGAGAGGGCUAGGCAGAAUGGCUGGUGCUGUACUUGGAGUGGGUGCAGGAGUAUUCAUCUUAGCACUGCUCUGGGUGUUGGUAUUGCUGCUGUGUGUGCUAUUAUGUAGAGCCUCCGGUCUAGCUAGGUUCUUUGUCAUUUUUGUUUUCCUUGCUGCUGUGAUCAUCACAUCUGUUCUGUUGUUGUUUCCCCGGGCCACUGAGGUCCCAACCCCAGAGGUAGAAAUUAAGAUCAUGGACAAGUUCUUCAUUGGCCGUUAUGUUCUACUGGCUUUUCUCAGUAUUUUCUUCCUUGGAAGCCUUUUCCUGGUUCUAAUUCACCACAUCCUGGAACCAAUCUAUGCCAAACCACUUCGGUCGGACUAAGGACUAUUCAAAGAAAUACCAUAAACUACUCAUUGAACAGAGCUGCUGCUCAGUUUUGCAUGGGCAGCUUCCAUAUCUUGGAUCUGGCAUGAAUUCUAUGAGUAUUGGGAUUCAUCGAAGAACUAUGGAAUUAUGCCUUUGGGGAUGGAUUCUCAUUGACUUAAGAGAAAUGGUAAUGUCUUCACAAUCACCCUAAAUGACUACACAUCACUUCCCCUUUUUAUACCUGUUUUCCACCUAUUUAGAAUCAGAAAUAAGGGUACAUAACUAUUUUGGAGUGGGACUUAAAUUAGACAGGAUAAAAUGGAAUGAUUUAUAGGAAGAAAAUAUAUAUGUAUAGCUGGCAAAGGCCAAAAAUCAGGUAUUUUAUGAUGAUCUGUGAAAUUACAUUGCUUUCAAAGUCUAGUUCAUUUGGAAAGGAUGUGCACUUUCAUUUUUGCAUAACGGUUAGUUAUUGAUCACUUUAUGCUAGAGAAUUCUAAAAAACAUAUAGGUCUCAUUUCCCAUCUAAUAAAACAGUUAACACUGUUUUUUUUGUGUAUUCCCAGUUUGAUUAGAGGCGAGAGAAAAAGUAAGGAAGUAAUAGUAGUCCUCACUUUGGUAGUGAAUAAAUUGAAUAUGCAUUGCAUCCUGUGCCCUCAUUUUCUCUCCCUUCUUAGGCUCUUUAGUUCCGAUUUUCCUUAUUUACUAUUAUAUGAAUCCAAUCUGAGACACUGUUGUAUCCUCUUAGUACUAUAAUCCUUUCACCAGAGCUACUGAUGGCCAUACAUCUUUGGUGUCUGUCACGUCUUUUUACCUGUUUGGAAUCCCAGGCUAAGUGAGUGAAUAAGAUUAGUCAUGAAAUGGACAAGGGCUCUAAAUCUCAUCAGUUUUCAAAAUCACAUCAUACAUCCCUCCAGAA